CCGAAAAUCCCGGAAGUGGCGCAUGUAGCUUUGUGAAAGACGGACGGCUGAUGGAGACAUUUUAAAAUAAACACACAGCUAACCGCUAUCUGGGCUUCGCGAAGGUGCGAGCGCACUGCGCCAAAAACACGUUCAAAUUAGUCUAAGUUGUAAAGAAGUGAAGUAUAGUUAGCAGGGUGUCGUAAAUCAAAGAGGCUACACAAUACCGAAGAUGUUGAAGAGUCUGACACUGGGAGAAGAAGAAUAUAACUAAACGCCGCGCAGGUCAGCUCCUGUCCAGGCACAUUGGUCCAUGUUUGUUGGACCUUUGGGCUAGCAUGAAGAUGGCUGACUCAGACAAGGCAGAGGAUUUUGUGGAUGCUGAGUGCCUUGAUGAAGCACAGUCAGCCACAGGCUCUGUUCAGGGAGAGCAGGAUGAACAUCUAAAUUCAGAGGCCACCACCAGUACCAGCUCACCGCCAAGGGAAAAGGAGGGAGACAGCCCCUUGAAUACAGAGGGCGAGCAGAGUCUCCUCUCAAUGCCAUGCCUGAUGAAGGAGCUCCGCCGAGACUCCCCAGAGUCCCAGCACGCCUCUACAGAGAGCGACAAGCCCAUAUCCCAUCAUAUCUAUGAGAGCGACUCCUCAAACAACUGCAUGCUCUCCCCCUCAUCCAGUGGCCACCUCGCUGACUCAGACACACUCUCCUCAGGGGACGAAGGGGCUGCUCCUCCUAUCGGAAAAACGGAAGAUGGCAACAUGGAAGCUGCAAAUGAUCCUGGGCAGACAGCAGGAAGGCAAUCAUCAUCUACGUCUGCGGGGGGGAGGAAGUCCCGACGAUCACGUUCAGAGAGCGAGAUGCUGCCUAAUGCAAUGGCUGCAAAGAAAAAUCGUUGCCAGCCGAUCUCGGUAGCAGCUGGAGGGCAGGAAAAACAAACCAAUGGCAAGCUGGCAAAAGUGAAAGGUCACCGUAGCCAGAAACACAAGGAGCGAAUGCGUUUGCUGAGGCAAAAACGGGAGGCAGCAGCACGGAAGAAGUAUAACCUGCUGCAGGACAGCAGUACGAGUGACAGCGAGCUCACGUGUGACUCCAGCACCAGCUCCUCUGAGGACGACGAUGACGACACUUCAGGAGGUAGCAAGACAAUCAAGACGGAUAUUACAGACGCGCUUCCAGUAGUGGGUCACUAUGAUAUUUCAGACACUGAUUCUAACCAGGAGAGUAUGAGUGUGGAGACAGUCCGGCCCACGGUGAUAAAGCAUGAGCUAAAAACACACAGAGGCCGGGAUAUGGCUGCUCACUCUGGGUGUAUAGGAGCUCUGUGCUCUCUCUCAGGCCACGUGGAGGCAGAGCUGUCGCACAAGGAAAGUUCUCAACGCAACAAGGCCCAGAUUCACAUUGCCACCUCUGACAGCGAGGUGGAAAUAGUUGGAGUGCAAGAGAAAGCACGAUGCGCCCAUCCAUGCGGAGGAGUAAUAAAGAGUCUGUCCACCUGGAAGGAGAAAUCAGUGGAGCAGUUGAACAGCACAAAUCAACCACCACUCUGGACUACUGUUUCCCCUCAGCCCAACUGGGUGUCCCCACCUGAAGUGGUGGACCUCACCCUGGACGAGGACGCCGGACACAAAUACCUACUUUAAACAACUUGUACACUGAAGACUCCUCAUUUCUUCCCCUCACUCCUCCUCGACCCUCUUGCCUUGCCUCCAUGUUACGGCUGAAACCCCUGCUGUAGUUGUGGCCUCGCCUGUAACCGCUCGUGGACUCUUCCCCGCUCCAGAGCACCGUUUCUUUUUUAACUUACUGUUAAACAAUCACAUGUAUCAAAGCCAUCUACUGACGCGAUUCCCCUUCUGAAUUUAGUUCCCUUUUUUUGAUGAAAUGGCACAGCACUGCAAGUGCAGGUGGAAAAGUGCGUACGGCUGAUUUAUCCGUUAAUGAUAGCAAUAUCCCGUCGUCAUUUAAUACCUCAAUUCGCCCUCGUUGACAGAUUUAGAUCGUUUGUGUGUUGUGCGCUUGCAAAGCUGUAUUGUGAAAACGUCAAGUUGCUGCUUGAGAGCAGGUCGGUAUCGCGCUGUUGACCUGCUUCACUACAGACUCUGAACGGCAUAUUUUCAGACUUGGCUUUUUUUUUUUUUUUAAUCUGUGGUCGAGGCAUAAACGGCAGCUGGACCACUUUCUGCUGUACGGCGGAGCACAACGUUCGCUUUGUACCGGUCGAGGGUCAAUUUAGUUUUUCCAAAGUCUCACCACUGGUUUCGCAUUUCGUCCAGUCUGCACCGAUGGCUUUGUGUCACGACACUUUGUCCAGCAUCGUGCUCUGGUGCCGGCGGGGAGAGUUUAGGUUCUUCUCAAAAGAAAUAGUUUCACAUUCUGGGAAUUGCGCUCCUUCGCUUUCUUGCCGAACGUCAGACGAGAAGAUCGAUACCACCUCUAGAGACGAGUGGCGCCCAUCCACUAGCAGAAAGAAAAGUGCAAUUCACCCAAAUGUCUUGAUUUGAAAUCCACAGCUUUCAUUUCUGCUUCUACCAUAUAACAAUAACACAAAAACCAACUGUUUAAACUCUCCAGUUUGGAAGGAAAAAUACAAAGACACUACACAUUUUGACUCAUUUCAUCCACAGCACACCUAAUGUGGUGGUAUUUUGGCAAUAGAAAUGCUGCAUGUUGUCAGAGUGAGUGUCUCCCAGGUGACGUAGUCAUCAGUGAAUGUAUGACCCUGCAGUGCGGACUGGGUGCACUUAAUGUUUGCAUGCUCAUCUUCUUGAGCGGACCCCUUUAUAACAACUGAAGAAAAGCAUCUUCCAUUUACUACUGCAAAGCGAGAUGGCCCGAAUGCCUUGAAAAGUGCACUAUUUUCUUUUAGAAUCGUACAAAGCUUAUUCUUUUACCUUACAAAGCAGUGGAUUUUGCUAUCGACAAUAAAUAUUUUAAUAAUAGAUGUGAAUUUAGCACACAAAUGAAUAAAAAAACAAAACUUUAAGUGGUGUUGAGUUUGUACCCACGUUUGGGCGUUUAUAGUAGAACCCUUUACUGUGGACUGUUUUCACCCUGAUCCUCAGGGCCGGCUCGCUCUCUUUCCUUGUGGUCUUAUUUUUGUCUUCAUGAAGUCAGCAGCCACACUGGAUAUUUGUAUCCAUGAUCCUUCACACAUUGUUAUAACACUUGAGUUGUAUUAUUUCAUAUUGAACAUCUACUUUCCAAAAGAGAUGUUUGAGAAUUGUAGAAUCAAAUUAUUUGACUUCUGCUGGUCACAGAAGGGAAGGGGAAAGCCGAAAUAUAAAAAGGAACUAAACCAAAGUCUAAAUGGAUUUUUCUUUUUGAUUUAAAAUUUGCUUCCUUUUUUGUUGUUGCUGUGUAAGUCUAAAUAUUUUAAUUUGGAAGUCAAUGCAUCUUGUGUGAAAAGAGGUAACUUGAACUCUUUCAAACAGUUCAGUAUAAUGUGAUGUGUGUUCUGUUUUCCUUUGGCCAGUUCUUUUCCACUAUAUGCAGCUACCACUGUUAUGACAAUUAUUUUUACCGGACCACUUCUGCUUGCAAAACCCAUUUUGCCAUAGUUCCUUAGGAUUAUUAUAUGUUGGUAAGACUCAUGUCUAUUGUGAUAAAGGUUUAAUAGACAAUUAGGGCAGUGGUGCCCGACUAUGGUUGCACAUCGCAUAUUUGGUCACAUCUUUAACCUCGUCAGAUAUUAUCCUCAUUACCAGUAAUUUAGCUUUGCUCUUCUGUUUUAUUUUACUGUCAGUAUUUUACAUUUUUAAAAAGGGGUUUAUUUUGUUGCUUCUGCAAGUCCUUGACUUCCUUGAAAUGAUGUCUGUAGAACAAAAAGAAACUAUUUUAAAAACUAAAUAAAUAGAGCGUUAUUUAAUGA